UCAAUUUGAGAACGCCCUAUCUUGCGUGAUGUUAUGCUAAAUUUGAGAUCGCCCAGUUUUCGCGGGAUGUUAAACUGAAAUUGUAACUAAGUCUAUAUGACAAAUAUUUCUCUCUCUCUCUUUGAAAAGUUUGUCUGUGGUACAUGAUGAACACCAGCUGUAUGCACAUGAUCACAUAACGGAAGUUAUAGCCCGCUAAUUAGUUGUUUGUGGGUGUAAACAGACGCGUAUUGGAAAUCAGUUUGUUAAAGAGCACAGAUGGCGCUUUUUAAAAGUUUCAAAAUGGAACAUAAACAACGUACAGAAAUUGAGCGGACUUCCUGUUUAUGUGUCUGUUAUAGGUAUUGCAGCCCACACUCCUUCAUCAUUCGCUGAAAAAACAAAAAAAAACAACAACAAAAGAUGUAAAGUAGUAGAACAUAACUAAAGGAGGCUAAGGGAAAUGUACAUACUUACAGAUAUGGCGAAUUUUAGUCACGGUUUCUACUUGUGGUCGAAUGACUCGAUGAAUUACAAGGUUCCUGUGGAUGACGACUGGCUUCGUGUGAUCAGUAACUUCAGAGACAGUCUGUUCACGGUGCGGAACCCGUCGACAAUUGUUCUCCUGUGUUUCUACGUCCCAGUGUUCCUCACAUCCCUGGCAGGAAAUAUUCUCGUUCUUCUCGUGAUAGCGCCCAACAAACAACUGCAAAGUGUCACCAACAAUUUCUUGCUAAAUCUGGCCAUUGCGGAUCUUCUGGUAACUGUUAUAUGCAUCCCUAUGACAUGCGCACAACGAGUCUAUCAGCUAUGGAUAUACGGAGAUGUGCUCUGCAAAAUGACACAAUAUCUACAAGGUAUUGCUGUGGGGGCGAGCACGUUUACCAUAACAGCCAUGAGUCUCGAUAGAUGUUUAGCCAUUCGACACCCGGUGGCGUUCCGUCGUCUGAGGACGACGACGUUCGCCCGGAUCCUGAUCGUGAUCGUGUGGGUGAUGUCUCUACUCAUCAUGAUCCCCCUGAUUAUCGUCAGGAAGACUGUCAACGAGGUGUUCCCCGGGGAGAUCCUGCAGUUCUGUAUCGAGGCGUGGCCGUCGUGGAAGAGUCGUCGCAUCUACGACAUCACAAUCCUACUGAUCGUCUACAUUCUGCCAGGCAUCAUCAUCAUGACGUCGUACAUCCUGAUGGGCAAGCGCCUGUGGGUGCCGGACAAACAGCUGAACAGGACGUGCAACAGUUACCAUUUCAGGACUCGACAGGGAAUUAUGAAGCACCAUCACGUGACUUCCAGUCGGCGGCGAUUGGCCAAGCUGUGCAUUGCAGUGGCCUUGACGUUCGCAGUUUGCUGGUUGCCCUAUUAUAUCGUGACGACCUAUUUGGAUUUUUAUCCUGAUCUGGACGCAACUCACGAAGUUCAUUUCACUUUGUUGUUGGGACACCUGCAUAGCGCGACCAAUCCAAUUCUCUACUGUUUCCUUCACAAAACAUUUCGAUGUUAUCUGAAAAAGUUCGUCGCAUCGGGUUUUAAAUUCAGAUGCACAUCUGCUAAGCUUUCACGGGGUGCUCUGCCUUCUAACAGUUUUCGAGGUUCCUCAGCGAAGAGUGACUUCAGGGCGUCGUUGAACUACAGGCUGCACCACACACGGACUGCGAUCAACAAGAACCUGAAUGUGGGCCAGGUGGAGGGCUGUCACUCGUGGAGGAGGCCCUCCUUCGUGUCGGGUUCAGAGUCACAUUCCAGCGCCAGGAACACGGAGGAGCCACGACAGCGAGACCUCCUCGAGGUUCCCAUCGUCAGACACCUGAGAAAAGGAUCGUACUGUGUGUAUAUACAGAACCACAGACCACCUACAGAACCUGUGGAAGACUCUAUCAGCAGCUAGGGUUGACAUUUGUGGAAGGAAUCAUAUUGCGACUCCACCCCCAGAACCUGUGGAAGACUCUAUCAGUAGCUAGUGUUGACAUGUGUGGAAGGAAUCAUAUUGCGACUCCACCCCCAGAACCUGUGGAAGACUCUAUCGGCAGCUAGGGUUGACACGUGUGGAAGGAAUCAUAUUGCGACUCCACUCCCAGAACCUGUGGAAGACUCUAUCGGCAGCUAGGGUUGACACGUGUGGAAGGAAUCAUAUUGCGACUCCACUCCCAGAACCUGUGGAAGACUCUAUCAGUAGCUAGGGUUGACAUGUGUGGAAGGAAUCAUACUGCGACUCCACCCCCAGAACCUGUGGAAGACUCUAUCGGUAGCUAGGGUUGACACGUGUGGAAGGAAUCAUAUUGCGAGUAUGUACAGCACCAGAUACCACCUCCAGAAAAUGGUGAGGACUUUAUAAGUAGUAGUUAGGGUUGAUAAAUGUGGAAGGAAUCAUAUUGCAGGUUAUGUACAGAAUCAGAGUCCAGAUCCAGAACUGUUGAAGAUUCUAUAAAUGGGUAGGGUUGACAUGUGUGGAAUGAAUCAUAAUGUGUGUAUAUACAAACCCACUGGCAAAUUCUAACAUCUUGUUGAAGAUACCAUUAGCAGCUAGGGUCAGUAGGUGAACAAAGAAUCAUAUUUUCACUAUAUUCAAAACCACCAGCCUCCUCCAGAACCUGAGGAUCUUUUGAAGAUUUUAUUAGAAGCUAAUGUCAACCGCUGGAGGAAAACAUGCAGUGUGUGUAUACAGAACACCGGGUACAAUAUCUAAACCUUUUGAAGAUGCCAUUAGCAAUUAUGGUCGACAGUUCGAUACAGAAUAGUACUGCGUGUAAAUACAGAACCAUCGACAAAUUCUAAAAUCUGAUUAAGAUUCUAUAAGCAGCUAGGGCCCCGGUCGACAGCUGAGGGAAUAAUUGUACUGAGUGUAUCUACAUAACCACCAGAAAAUUCCAAAACAUGUUGGUGAUUCCAUUUACAACUAGGGUUGACAGCUGAGGGAAACAAAAUCGUAUUUCAUGUAUAACAUUGUUCCGUAUAUAAAUAACAAAAGGUCAAGUACAGAAUGUGAACAAGGGGUCGACAAAUGUAGAAAUGAGUAUAUUAUCUGUACAAUCAAAUUUAUUUUCAGCAGUCACCAACGGAAGCAUUAAGUGGCUCCUUAAUACAGGUUAGUUUGUACUAUAUUCAGUGUUUUGGCAGAAUAAAAAAGGAUGACCACUUAAGACAUAUGGCUCUUAAUACUACAGAGUUUGUGUCUAUAUUAGAUGAUCUGGGACAGUAACUCGAUCUUCAGACUGAAGAUCCGAUAAUGGAGGUGGCCGCUUGAGCAGGUUUGACUGCAUUAUACAGAGGUACUGUCAGCAGCUAACUUCCUAAAUCCUGACGUUGAGAAAUCACCGUCCAACCAGGGAAUCUGUAGCAGAUUCUAAUAAAAUCAAGAGUCUCAACAUUCGAUAUUUCAGGAAUAAUUCAAAAGAAAAUGUACAAGCCUUGAAAAACAGUAAUAUAUUCAAAGAGGUAAAAUGAUGAAUUAUUCAACAACGACUGUCCAAUAAAUCCGAUAUUUUAUUGCCAUGUUCAGUGUAAAUAUGGUGAGACAUAUCUAACAAUGAACGUGUUUGAAUGAUACAUGCGAAUUUCUAUUUAAGUGAUAGCAGAUGAUAUGAUGUCUAGGUAGAAUAAAGGUGUUCAAGAACUGGUUAUGAAUGGAACGUGUUUUGUGAGUAAUAUCCGCAAGAAAAUAUUUUAAUGGAAAUUAACGGUCUACUUCAGGCUUGUCCUAUUUUUAAGUGUAAAUAUUAGUUUUAAUUUUACUUGGAUGUUCCUUUUGUCAUUUUAUUGAAGUUAUCAAAUGAACUGCAAGGAUCAGUUGUUUGGUGCUAUUGUUGGACUUGUACUAGGAGUUAAAACUGUAACGCGUUUUGUCAACUUUCUGUUUAUUGCUUCUUGAAUUCUUGAAAAACAUCGUGAUAUUAUUUGUAUAUAUUGUGAGUAUU